AUGGUUUUGCGAAAGAUGUUACAGGACAGGUACUACGGAAUUUUAUUGCGUCCAAGUACGAGUAUAUUUACUAUGCCUAGACUACGUAUAUUAGAAAGAAAUGGUGAAGCACCGUAUGCGGAAAGUAUUUUCAACUAUCAUUUGAGCGACCGAUCAGUACGACUGUUUUUGCCUGGAAUGUCACGGCCACAAUUAUAG